UCUCCGGUCGCUCUGCUCUCUGCCGCGCUGUGUAAUUCAUUAUUAUUAGAACAUGGCCUUUGAAGGAGUUACGCUGUUACUGAACGGGAAUUAACCAUGUCGCUUGCUAUUGUUGUUAUGGUUUCCAGAAGUCGUUGGGCUUUCAGAUGUGUUUGCAGAGAAGAACCGCAACCUGCGCUCUCAGGAUAGAAACAACCGUUUUCCCGGCGCUGUAUCCCUGCGCCCGGCGGAGGAGAUAGUCAAAUGAAAGUGUCUGAGCUGGGACACAAAACAGCAGCGACAUGGCAAACUGUGCAGACCCGUGGGUGCCAUGGGUCACAGUUAGUCAUGAGUGCAUCGGGCCAAGGUCCUACCAGGUGUCCCCCUUCACAUCUGUCCAAGAUGUCAAACAGAUGCUGUACGAGGAGACGAACCUCCCAGUCAAAGAGCAGCGGCUGCUUCACAAUGGAAGAAUGCUGGAUGAUAAAGUGCAGAUUGGCAGCCUGGUUCCUGCAGGAAGCCCAGUCAUCUCAGUGACCCUGGAGGGAAGAGGCCUUAAAGGAGGAGGGAGAUUUGGACAAACAACACCUCCACUGGUGGAGUUUUUGAAGGAUAUUCUCAGAAGAUACCCAGAAGGGGGGCAGAUUCUGAAGGAGCUGAUUCAGAAUGCAGAGGAUGCUGGAGCCACAGAAGUGAAGUUCUUAUACGAUGAGACAGAAUACGGAGUGGAGUCCCUGUGGUCGCCAGACAUGGCGCAGCAUCAAGGGCCUGCGCUGUAUGUCUACAACGACGCUGUGUUCACGAUGGAGGACUGGAACGGGAUUCAGGAAAUUGCAAGAAGCAGAAAAAGAGAUGAUCCACUAAAAGUUGGACGAUUUGGCAUUGGCUUCAAUUCUGUCUAUCAUAUUACAGAUGUUCCAAGUAUAUUCAGUGGAGACCAGAUCGCCAUGCUGGACCCCCAUCAGACCCUCUUUGGGGUGAACGAGUCUGGCCAGUGUUGGAACUUGAAGACAGACAUUAAGGAGAUCACAGAGCGGAGUGAUCAGUUUGCACCUUACACUGGGAUAUUUGGGAUUUCUGAGAAAACCAUCUGCGAUGGCAGCUUUCCAGGAACUCUGUUCCGCUUCCCGCUUCGUGUGAAACCUUCCCUGCUCAGCGGGAACAUUUACAACAAAGAGAAGGUUCUGGAGCUGUUUGAAUCCUUCAAAGCUGAUGCAGACACUGUGCUGCUCUUCCUAAAGAGUGUCCAGAAGAUCUCGUUACAUGUGCGAGAGUGUGACGGCACAGAACGAGUGUUGUUCCAGGUUACAGCAACAGAGAACCCUGAUGAUAAACUUGAAAAGCCAAAUGCACUGAAGACACUGUGUCACGCUGUGGACAGCUACGGCAAUGGGGUUCCUAGCUCCAUCAUCACAUGUGUCACCUACCAGCUUCACAUAGAGACUCAGGAUGAAACAUCUAAAGAGACUCAGAGGACCACAUGGUUGGUUUGUAAUGGAGUCGGAGGCAGAGGGAUGUGUGCUGAGUUGGACUCCCUGGCAGACGAUUUGAAGUUCAUGCCAACUAUCGGCAUUGCCUUGCCUCUAACUGUGAUAAGUAAAGAGGACAGAGGUGCCACAUCUGGUUUCUCAGGACGAGCUUUCUGCUUUCUCCCUCUUCCACCAGGCGAGGAGAGUGAGAUGGGGCUUCCGGUUCACGUGAGCGGCUUCUUCGGCCUCACUGACAACCGCAGGAGCAUCAAGUGGAGAGAAGUGGACCAGUGGAGGGAUCCAGCGGCCUUAUGGAAUGAGCUGCUUAUAAUAACAGUCAUCCCUAAUGCAUAUUUCACUCUUAUAGUCGAGGCUAUAAAGAGGGUGCAGACAAAAAAGGACCAAGACUUUCCUUUGUCCCCAACAGGGACGUAUAGGGCAUGGCCAGACCCCAAACAGGUGAAAUCCCGUUGGAUGCCUAUUCUCCAACCGCUCUUCAAUGAACUGCUUCAGCAGCAAAUCAUCUACUCCCUCAGUGAAAGCUGGAUCAGAGUUGAACAGGCUGUUUUCUCAGAGCUGGACACAGAUGAUGACAUUUCAGAGGCGGUCAUCAACUACCUACAAAGCUCAGGAAUACAGGUAGCAAAGGUCCCUGCUGCAGUGGAGUUUGUUUUGGCCUCCUACAUGUCAGAGUCCACUGAGGUGAAGAAGGUUACUCCUUCUUUACUGCGGCAGACAAUCAGGAAGUACAAACACAAAGGUCCCUCACAGGAGAAGCUGCUGCUGCUGGAGUUUGCUCUCAGUGAUGCCAAUUACAGUGAUCUUAUCGGACUCGAGCUUCUCCCACUUCAGGAUGAGACAUUCACCUCAUUUUCAUCAUCUGUCAGUGAAAAAGACACCAUUUACAUUGCAUCUGAGGCCUUCCCCAGGUCUCUCUAUCCAGGACUUGAGCAUCGAUUCUUACUGGAAACUGUGAAGCCCUCAGUGAUGGACAGUUUAAAGAACGCUGCCAAAAGCAGAGUACAGCAGUUUCUUUGGGGAUGUUCGGGAAGACCGUGUACUCAGCUACAAGUGUUGAACCCAGAACGAUCAGCACGACUCAUCAAGGAGAUCCUUUCCACAGCUUGGCCAACAAGGGACUUCAGUGUAGACUGGGAACCUGGAAACAAAGAGCUAAAACAUCCCACAGUUUUAUGGUUAAAAAUGAUUUGGAAGCAUCUCUAUAUCAAUUUUCCAGAUGACUUAAACACCUUUGAAGACAUGCCUUUGAUCCCUCUUGUGCCCCUUGAGGAAAGCAUGAGUACAGCUAAGCUUCUUCGUCUCAAGACCCCCUCAUCUAUAAUUCAUGUGGAUGAAGAAGAGGCACCAGUUUCUAAGAUCCUCCUUGACAUUCUGGAAAAGCUUGGAGGUGUUGUCAUAAAAAAGCUGGACUCAUGUUUGCAGCACCCCCAGCUUAAGUUCUACAUCCACCCUUGCUCUCCGAGUAUGAUUUUGCAAGUUCUACAUAGACUACCAACACAGCGGUUGUCCAGCCAAGUCUCAUCUCUAACUGCAGAAGAGAAAAUUGUGCUCAGGAAAUUUCUUGCAGGACUCUCAGACAUCACAGAAAAAGAAAAAUAUACAAUCCUUGAUCUCCCUAUCUUUGAAAAAGUGGGGGUUCAAACUGAGGGUACCUCAGCAUUCACAACAGUGAGAGGAGCGAAAGCACUACAUCACAGAGCCAAGUAUCCCCCAGAUGUGAAACUGUCAGAAAAUCUUGUGGCUUGCCAUGAUGAGGAAUCAAUUCGUCUCAUCAAAAUGCUCAACGUAGAACAAGUUAAAACAACAGACUGUCUGAAGAUGAUUAUUAAGGACAUUGACAAGGGAUUCUACUCCAAAGUUGAAACUACCAAGAUCAUGCUUUGGGCUCUCAAACAUUUGGGAUUUUUAAAGAAUGAAAACCCAUCUGUAAUUGGAUGGCUGUCUGCUCUUAAAUUCAUAGAGUUGCCCUGUGGAAGGUCUGUAAAAGCCUCAGAUGUUUUUGACCCUGAACUAGAAAUUUUACAGCAUUUGUUCUACAAGGAGGAGAAGAUACGGUUUCCCACAAGUACAUUUACAAAAUCUUCGGAUAUUCUCCAUUCACUUCGGCAACUGGGGCUUAGAAAUGAGGUGCAGAUCAGUGAAAAAGAUGUUAUCAAGGUGGCAAAAAAGAUAGAGGAGUUGCAAAGCAAUGUUGAUCCUGAAUGGGACUUGAUAAUCAAAAAGGCAAAAACACUCCUUCAAAUUCUCAAUAAACAAACCAAGUUGAUAAAGUCAACAGAUAUCCAGGCAUCACUGCUACAACUUAAAUGGGUACCUGUUUGUAAAGAAAGACCUCUGACUUACCCGAAAUCCCUUGCUUGGGUUGGAGACACUCACAACAUCUGCUCUUUGUCUGAGAUGUGUGAGUUAUCCCAUGCAGUACUGGUGGGAUCUUCAGUAGCACUGGUUGAACACACCUCUGCAGGUUUGAAGAGGGCCCUGAAACUCACAAUAGAGCCACAAGUGGAUCAAGUAUUACAGCACUUGAAAGCUGUGAAUGACUGGCAUAAAUCUCAAGCAUUCACCACAGAGGAUUGGUACCAUUUUCAACAGAUUCUGUUUGAGAUUUAUGGAUUCAUGCAAGCUCACCUUGAGGAUGCAAGAGAAGCAAUGAAAUCCUUACCUUUUGACUGGGUGUGGACUGGAAAGACAUUCUCAUCACCAGGCCAAACCGUCUUAAAACACCUCCCUGAUCUAGACCUACAGCCUUUUCUCUAUUCUCUGCCAAAAACAAUGAGAAAAUUUCACAAGCUUUUUAAGUUUUGUGGCUCAGUUGAAGAGGUUAUACCAAAACACGUGUUUGAUGUCAUUGCCACAAUCCAAAAAAGAUGUGAAGGAGAGAUUAGCAAGGAGGAAAGUAAACACAAUAUUCUUCUCUUGAUCAACAUUCUCAGAUGGCUAUACAACAAUCAGAUCCCAGUGGACACCAACAUGCAAGUGCCUAUUCUUUGCUACAAAAACCCAAGCAAGUUAGCAAUGAAACCCAUCCACGAAUGCACCUACUGUGACAUUAAGGUUGAGGAUUUAAAUGACUUACUCGAAGAUUCUUCAGAACCAAUUAUAUUAAUCCAUGAUGACAUCCCAAUGAAAACUGCUGAAUGGCUAAAGGUGCCAUGCUUGAGCACAAGGUUGAUCAACCCAGAGAAUCUUGGCUUUGAACAAUCAGGCCAACAAGAACCCCUAACAGUGAGAAUAAAGAAUAUCUUGGAAGAAUAUCCAUCUGUGGCAGACAUUUUUAAGGAGCUCCUCCAGAAUGCUGACGACGCCAGUGCAACAGAGUGCAGUUUUCUUAUCGACAUGAGGAAAAACAAUGAUAUUCGCGAAAACCUACUUGACCCUGGAAUGAUCAUUUGCCAUGGGCCUUCUCUGUGGUCUUUUAACAAUGCUGUAUUUACAGACACAGACUUCUUGAACAUCACAAGGCUUGGUGGGUCAGUGAAGAGAUGUGAAGCAGACAAAGUUGGCAAGUUUGGCUUGGGUUUCAACUCAGUUUAUCACAUUACUGAUAUCCCUAUCAUAAUGAGUAGGGAGUUUAUGAUCAUGUUUGAUCCGAAUAUCAAUCACAUCAGCAAACACAUCCGAGACAGAUCCAAUCCUGGAAUCAAAAUCAAUUGGAGCAAACAACAAAAAAGGCUGAGGAAAUUCCCAAAUCAGUUCAAACCUUUCAUUAAUGUUUUUAACUGCCAGCUGCCGUUAGCUCAAGACUCUCCAUACAAGUACAACGGUACUCUUUUCAGACUUCCAUUUAGAACAGAACAGGAGGCCUCAACAAGUGAAAUCAGUAGUCUGUACUACAACACCACCGAUAUCUAUUCCCUUGUUGAUGAGUUCAGCAUAUGUGGUCAUAGGUUCAUUCUAUUCACUCAGCAUGUUGGAUGUAUGGUCUUGAAAUAUCUGAAGUUUGAGGAACCAAACCCAGCAGCAGCACAGGAUGUAGUGGCCAUUAACAAAAGUGUGUGGUCAAGCAAAUCCUCAUAUGGACCCUUAAGCAUCCUCAAAUCUGCAGCAAAGCUCAUGAAGAAAGUAGCAAGCACCAACAAGAUUCCUGCUGAUAUUCCUAAGUCUGGCUGCAUCAUUCGUGUUAUAGUGGAGGAGUUUCACAAUGUGUUCAAACGUAUUGUAGACCUCCACUCUCCUCUGUUCCGAGGUCCAGAGGAAGAUCCCAACCAGUACUUUGAGAUGGCAGCUAAAGGUGUCCAAACACGACGACUGACAGAUGAGAUGCCGCAAAAGGCAGUUGAUGUUACUAACUGGCUAAUCUGUUCAUGCAUGGAUGUGAGUGAAGCCCUCAAGUUUUCCCUCAGUGACAGUGGAAAAAGACUUGGACUGGUGCCUUGUGGGGGGGUUGCUGUUCUGCUCUCAGAGGAAGAGAAUCGGAAAUGGACUGUUAAGACAAAUGCUAACCCAAUCGGGGAGGUGUUUUGUUACUUACCUCUCAGAAUCAAAACAGGCCUGCCAGUUCAUAUUAAUGGCUGCUUCGCUGUCACGUCCAACCGCAAAGAGAUCUGGAAAACUGACACCAAAGGACAGUGGAACUCUGUGUUCAUGAGGCACGUCAUUGUCCAGGCCUACUUAGCAGCACUCUCAAUGCUGCGUUCACUUGCUGAAAGUGGAGAACUGCUUGAGUACAGCUACUAUGCAGCAUGGCCAGAUCCGAGCCAGGUACAUGAUGACUUUGUGCUGAUUAGCCAGGGUGUUUAUCAAGAAAUAGCCAAAGGAGGUGACAGCGAUCAGGCCAAGGUUUUCUCAGAUGGAAAGACAUGGGUGUCAAUCAAAUAUGUCAGAUUCCUUGAUGACACCUUACUCUGUAGGCCAGAUAUUGGCCCUGCUGCUUUCAAGAUCUUCUUAAAAUACCUGAGGAGGAGUGGCUCGCAAAACCUCUGUGCAGUUGAGCUCCCUGACUGGGUAAAGGAGGGAUUUGAUGAUGCUGGAUGUAGGGGCAAGUUAAUGGAAAACACCCUGACAGAGAGGCAAUUCUUUUCCGAAGUCUUUUUCCCUCACAUUCAGGAAAUUGACAAAGAGCUCAGAGAUCCCCUGAUGCAUUAUGUCCUAAAUGAGAAGUUGGAAGACUUUGAAACAAUUCUAAGAGUCACUCCUUGUAUACCUUGCUCUGGCCCCAAAAAGGAACUAGUUUUACCUUCAAAACUUAUCCAUCCAGAGGGAAGAGUUGCUAAACUCUACAGUGCUGACGAUGGAAGAUUUCCUGAGGGUACUUCCAAAGACUAUGUCAAUCCAGUCUGUUUAGUUAAACUGGUGCAGCUCGGCAUGGUAAAAGAUGAUCUUUGCUGGGAGGAUCUCACUGAGCGUGCUCAUUCUGUCAUUGAGCUAAAUGAAAAUGAUCACACAGCUGCUUGCUUUCGCAGCAGUAUCCUUCUAAGUCUCAUCGAUGAAAAACUUAGGAUGAGAGAUCCAGGAACAGCUGAGUACUUGGAGAAUCUACAAGACAUUAAGUUCCUUCCAUUUCUAACAAGACCUGCAGGGUUCUCUUUACCUUGGCAUGGGAACAGCUUUUCCCCAACCACACUGUUCUCUCCAAGAGAGCUCUACACAACUGAACAUCAGGACACAGUGUGCCUGAUGAAGCCAAUACUAAAUGAGAGUUCACCAUCAUUCAAAGGUUGUGGUGCAAUGUCGUUGGCUGUAAAAGAUGGUCUUGGCCUAAUAAGGAAGCCCCCAGUUCAGCUUGUCAUCAGUCAACUAAAGGAACUUUCUCAGUCUUUUGAUGGCGUCACUUUGUAUCAGGAAAAUAUUACAAAUGCCUGUUACAAAUAUCUUCAUGAGGAAAUGUUACAGGAUGAAAGUGUAAAAGGUCAAAUAGGUGAAGAACUGAAAGCAUUUAACUCAAUUUUGGUGGAGAACACAUAUGUAAACCCUUCCAAAGUUGCUUUUCAUUUGAAUUUUGAUGCAGCUCCCCAUCUUUAUCAGCUUCCAAACAAAUACAGAAACAGUUGUCGUGAGCUCUUCGAAAAUGUUGGAGUGCAGCCUAGUUUUACAGUUGGAGAUUUCUCUGCUGUUCUUGAAACUGUGAGGCAAGAGUGUGGAAGAAAAACACUAACAGAGGAAAACUUCCAGUUGUGUCGCAGAAUAAUUAGUGAAGGAAUCUGGAGCUUAAUUCGAGACAAAAAACAAGAGUUUUGCCAAGCAAAUUACGGAGGGAAUCUGUUACCAGACUGCAAUUUUACACUGCAACCAUCUAAAUCACUAUGUUACAAUGACUGCCCUUGGAUCAAAGUCAGGGAUUCAUCUGUGAAGUACUGUCAUGCUGACAUUCCAAGAGAGGUUGCUGUGAAACUUGGAACAAUCCCAAAACGUCAUAAAGCCCUGGAGAGAUAUGCCUCAAAUGUCUGCUUCAACCCACUCGGCAGUGAGUUUGGACAGAAAGAAAAGCUCACAAGCAGGAUUAAAAGCAUCCUCAAUGCCUAUCCAUCAGAGAAAGAAAUGCUUAAAGAGCUGCUUCAAAAUGCAGAUGAUGCUAAAGCCACAGAAAUCUACUUUGUAUUUGAUCCGAGGAGACACCCUACAGACAGAAUAUUUGACGAUAAAUGGAUCCCAAUGCAGGGCCCUGCACUCUGCGUAUACAAUAAUCAACCAUUCACAGAAGAUGAUGUUCGAGGUAUUCAGAACCUUGGAAGAGGAACAAAAGAGGCCAAUCCAGGCAAAACUGGUCAAUAUGGCAUUGGAUUCAAUUCUGUCUAUCACAUAACUGACUGCCCCUCCUUCAUCUCAAACAACGAUAUUCUUUGCAUCUUUGAUCCACAUGCACAGUAUGCACCAGGAGCUACAUCUGUUAGUCCUGGAAGAAUGUUCAGAGACCUGGACUCUGAUUUCAGAUCCCAGUUUUCGGAUGUUUUGAAUCUGUACUUGGGGGCUCAUUUCAGGCUAGAGCGGAGCACGAUGUUCAGGUUUCCUAUCCGAUCUCCAGAGAUGGCAAAGACAUCAGAGAUCAGUUCUGUUCCUGCAUCUGACAGAAUGGUGCAAAAUCUCUUAGAUAAGCUGAAAACAGAUGGUGCAGAGCUCCUUAUGUUUCUUAACCAUAUGGAGAAAAUAUCAGUUUGUGAAAUAGAUGAUGCAUCUGGUGAACUUAAAGUGCUCUAUUCUGUCACAGCUAAAAUAACAGAUGGUGAUCGACUCAAACGCAAACAAUUUCAUGCCUCUGUCAUUGACAGUGUGACCAAAAAGAAGCAGCUAGCUGCUAUUCCAGUCCAACAGAUAACCUACUCAAUGGAAAUAGAGGACACUGAUGGACAUAUGACCUCAUGGAUGAUCUGCAACAGAUCUGGCUUCCCAGACAUUGAAACUAUCUCAAAAAGUGUGGUAUCAGCACACAAAAAUGAAGACAUAACUCUGUUUCCACGUGGAGGCGUGGCAGCAUGUGUAAGCCACAACUACAAAAAACCACACAGAGCCUUCUGCUUCUUGCCUCUCUCACUUGAAACUGGCUUGCCUUUUCAUGUCAAUGGGCAUUUUGCUCUUGACUCAGCUAGAAGAAACCUAUGGAGAGAUGACAAUGGAGUAGGGGUACGGAGUGACUGGAAUAACAAUUUGAUGACAUCCCUCAUAGCCCCCGCAUAUGUCGAACUGCUGAUUCAGCUGAAGCGUCGAUACUUUCCAGGUCCUGAUCCCACCAUUACUAUACUACAAGGAACACCUCUUCAUGUUGUUAAAGACACACUGAGGAAAUACCUAUUUUUCUUCCCAGCCAACAGACUUGAAAUUCAGCCAGACUGGUACUGCUUGGUUAAAGCAGUAUACAACAGUAUACAUGCUGAUCUAAAGCGAUUGCUUCCUGUUGUAAGAGCAGCCCAGAUGGACAACUCUGAAAUGCACUCUGUAAUCUACAUCUCAUGGGUGAAUACAUCCACUGCAAGCAAAGGCAGAGCCUUCUUUGACAAUCUGCUUCAGGAUGAGCUUCAACACUUGAAAAACACAGAGUACAACUUAACAUCAAGAAAGUCUGUGGCUGAAAAUGUGUACAGAGUGAAAACAUUGCUUCUUGACAUUGGCUUCAACCUAGUCCACAGCUGUGAUGAAACAGCAAAUCUCUACCUUUGUCUGGAGGAUUCAGGGAUUCCAGUCACUUAUGUAACACCCAGUGAUGUUCGCCACUUUUUGCAAACCUUCUUAUCACCUGACACAUCCUGCCAUGUUGGAAAACUCCCCUGCCGCCUCCCACAGUCUACCUUCAAGCUGGUUCAUAACCUAAAGCUACUGGUUGACUACUGUUUCAAAGACAUAGAAGUGGAUGAUAUCAAAAUUGAUGGCUUGCCUCUGUUAAUAACAAUGGACAAUAUGCUUCAAGUGUUUGACUCUAAGAGACCAAAGUUUUUGACCACUCACCAUGAACUUAUACCAUCAAGGAAGGAUAUGUUUAUGAAUACAUUGUACAUGAGGUACAGCGACAUCCUUUUCAAAGCAGGAGUUGCAAAACCCUUUGACAUCAGCAGCUUUAGUGAUUUGCUAGGGUCUGUUCUACCAAGAGAAUAUCGAACAAAGAUCCCUGUAAAAUGGAAAGAUACCUUUCCCAGUGAAUCCUGGUUAAAGAACGUGUGGAGUUUCAUUGGUGAAAAUGUGGCUGUUAAGGAGGAGCAGAUGGACAUCAAACCUAGCUUUGAAAUGGUGCUUGACAUUUUGAAAGACUGGGCUUUGAUACCUGGAAUCAAAUUCAUGGCAAGAGAGAGGAUUGUUGUCCCAGAUCAUGAUACACUCCUACCUCUUAGCCUAAUAAACAUUGCCAUAUUUCCACAGGGCCAAAAUGACAAAGUCUUUCACACUCUAAUGAAAGCAGGAUGCAUCCAGCUUGCAGUGAACAAAAUUUGUGUCAAGGAGAAUCAAGUCAUACCUUCUUUGGCACAACACACAGCCAACAUUGAAAACCCAUCAAGUAUUCUGCAAGCUCUGGAGUACAUUAUUCAGACAUCUUCAUUUAAAACAGCAAACCUCACUGACAAGGACUUUGAAGCUCUUCUGUUAUAUUUUAACUGCAACCUACCUAACCUUUCUCAACAAGAUGUCCAGAUCUUGAAACUGCUCCCAUGUUUUAAGUCAGUCAGUGGAAGAUACAUCAGCAUUGCUAACUAUAGUGCAAACUAUGUCCUUGAAAAAAACAUACCAAAUGCAGACAUUGAUAAAUGGGCUCAAACACCUUCAUUUGCCUUUCUUGCUGACAGCCAGCAGCUUAAGGAGCUGUAUGCUUUCCUUGGCUGCAUGUCAAUCAAUGACCUUGAAAUUUACCUUCACCAUCUCCUGCCAAAGUUUGAUAGCCUCUCCUAUGAUGCUAAAGUUGAGCACAUAGUCUAUUUGAAGGAGAGACUUAUGUCAAUGGAAGAAGGUUGCAAAACAAAGGAUCAACUUUAUGAGAAAUUAGAGGGGCUGUUGUUCAUUCAUGACCACUCAAACAGACUCAGACAAACCAAAUAUUUCUAUGAUCAGACUGUGAAGGUGUUUGAAGUGAUGUUACCUGCAAAGUCAUUCAUACCAAGUGAUUUUUUUAAGAAAGUAGAGCAAGUGACAAAACCUAAGAAUGGCGCCCUGUCAUUGACCUCGUGGAUAACCUUUCUGAGAAAUAUUGGUUUGAAACAUGAGGUCUCACAGCAACAGAUUCUUCAGUUUGCAAAAGAGGUCAGCAUAAAGGCACAGACUGAAAGUUGGACCAAAGAAAAAGUUCAAACCAUUGUUGAUGUACUUUUGAAUCAUAUCUUCAAUGAACGGACAGACCUCUUUCAGGGUACCUUUCUGAAGGAACUGUCAAUGAUUCCAUUUCUCUGCCCUGAAAGAGCUCCCAAAGAGCUCAUCAAGCUUCAUGGUCAGUAUCAAGAGAUGAGUGGUACACUUCCUCUCAUUCGUUUUAGUGGGUCUCAAGUAAACCCAAAGUUCAAACAAACAGAUAUUAUACACUUGCUUUGGACAUCUUGCCCAAUCCUACCUGAGAAAGCCACACCUUCAUGUAUAAAGGAACAGGAUGAAAGUACUCUCAGUGGGCAGGAGCAGCUUGAUCAAGUGCUGAAUAUGUUGGGUGUCAACUUGGACCCACCUCUGGAGAAAGUCAUAAGCAACUGCAAGAACAUCUGUAACAUAUCUAACCCAGAUGAUGAAAUGGUGAAAACUAGAAACAAAGUUUUGAGGUCCACCUAUGAAUUCCUCAGUGCAGACAAACGAGAUUUCCGUUACCUGCUUCGCGGGGUGAUGUUUGUCAUGGUUGAAGAUGGCUGGAAAUUACUCAAACCUGAGGAAGUGGUAAUCAAUUUAGACAAUGAAUCUGACUUUAAGCCCUACUUGUAUAAACUGCCUUUGGAACUUGGAACUUUUCAUCAACUGUUCAAACUUCUUGGCACAGAGGAUGUUGUGUCAACUAAACAAUACAUUGAGGUGCUGUGGAGAAUUUACAGGAGUUCAGAGGGAAAGCAGCUAGACCCAAACGAAAUGAGAACUGUCAAAAGAGUGGUCUCAGGAUUAUUUAAAUCACUUCACAAUGAUCCAGUGGAAAUUCGCAAAGAUCUUGAGAGUCUCAGAGAUUUAAUAUUUUAUCUGCCAAGCCAUGAUGGAAGACUUGCAAAAUCCAAUACCCUUGUGUUUGAUGAUGCCCCACACUAUAAAAGCAGAAUUCAGGGUAAUGUUGGGGUUCAGAUGCUUGUGGACAUGAGUCAAUGUUAUCUGGGGAAAGACCAUGCUUUUCAUACAAAGCUUAUCAUGCUACUUCCUCAGAAGCUAAGACCUAGACUAUUGAGCAGCAUUCUUGAAGAGCAGCUUGACGAGGAUUCUCCAAAAAUGUGUCAGUUCGGAGCGCUUUGCUCUCUGCAAGGCCGACUUCAGCUUUUGCUGUCCUCAGAGCAGUUCAUCACUGGUUUGAUUAGGAUAAUGAAGCAUGAGAAUGAUAGUGCAUACCUUGUCAAUGAAGAAAAAGCCAUACGUCUGUGCAAAGCGCUUUGUGAGGGACUGAAAGUGUCCUGUUUUGAAAAACUACAGACAACUUUAAGAGUGAAAGGAUGCAGUCCCAUCCUACACAGUCGCAGUGAAACUCUUGCUUUCCUAAAGAGAUAUGGGACAUCUGUGAUUCAUCUCUAUAUCCAGCAUUCAGACAGCAAAGAUAUAAACUUUCUUCUGGCACUGGCUAUGACACUGAAGUCUGCUACAGACAACUUGAUCUCAGACACAUCCUAUCUGAUUGCAAUGCUGGGCUGUAAUGACAUCUACAGAAUCACAGAGAAACUAGACAAUCUUGGUGUCAAGUAUGACUCAACAGAACCAUCAAAACUUGAACUACCCCUCCCUGGAACCCCAAUACCAUCUGAAAUACACCACACAUUGCUCAUGGAUCCAAUGAAUGUUUUUUAUCCAGGGGAAUAUGUGGGCUACCUUGUUGACUCUGAGGGUGGAGACAUAUAUGGUGCCUAUCAGCCCACCUAUACAUAUGCUAUCAUCGUUCAAGAAGUAGAAAGAGAGGAGGAAGAAAACACUAGUUUCCUUGGAAAAUGCUUCCAGAUUGAUAUUGGUUACAGCGAGUACAAAAUAGUAAGUUCCCUUGACUUGUACAAGUUUUCAAGACAAGAUGAAAGCACCCAUAUCCGAGAUAGUAAUUCCCCACAAACCCCUACAAGCCCAGAAAGUCGAUCUUCUGGCUUACGCAUGAUUCCUCCUCUGUUCUCUGGUAAAGAAAACCUAAGACCACCUCCUCAGAAACAGUCUCCCAAAAAGAUUAAACUUCACACGUUGCCUGAGAUUCUGAAAGAGGUUACCUUAGUCAUCGAACAAGCCUGGAAGCUUCCAGAGACAGAGAGAAAAAAGAUAAUCCGUCGAUUGUAUCUUAAAUGGCAUCCAGACAAAAAUGCUGAGAACCUUGACAUCGCAACUGAAGUCUUCAAGCACCUACAAAAUGAGAUCAAUCGGAUGGAGAAACAGUCUUUGACUGAUCAGCAAAAUGCAGACAGAGCUUCCAGGAGAACCUUCUCCACAUCAUCAACCCGCUUCCAAUCAGACAAGUUCUCAUUUCAAAGGUUUUAUUCAUCCUGGAACCAGGAAGCAACCAGUCACAAGACAGAAAGACAACAGUUCAGGGAACAUUACACUAACUAUGCAGGGUCCUCACAUUCCCACCGUUUCUUUGUACCCCCAACCUUCAAGACAGUUGGAAACCCUGUUGAGGCCCGCAGGUGGUUGAGGCAAGCCAGAGCCAACUACUCUGCUGCUCGCAAUGAUCUUCAUAAAAAUGCUAAUGAGUGGGUUUGUUUCAAGUGCUACUUGGCUACAAAGCUUGCCCUAAUAGCUGCUGACUACGCAGUCAGAGGAAAAUCUGACAAAGAUGUUAAGCCAACUGCUCUGGCUCAGAAAGUCGAAGAGUACAACUCCCAGUUAAAAGGUCUUGCAAGUGAUGUUCAGAUCUUAGAAGGAUAUGGUGUGGACAGCCUGAGAACCCGUUACCCCGAUCUUCUGCCAUUUCCACAGAUCCCAAAUGACAGAUACACAUCAGAGGUGGCAAUGAGGGUGAUGGAAUGUACUGCAAGAAUUAUUAUAAAACUCGAAACAUUUGUGCAGCAAAAAAUUUGCUAGAUGUAUAUUCUCAGUGGAAUCAAGAACUCAUAUGGCUGUAUGCAAAAGAGAUCGCAAAGAUUCCCCUGGCACUUUUUACUACAUAUGCAGUUUCUGUCUGUGAAAGCGGGACAGUGGCCCAUGCACAGUAAAUAAACACAUGGCUUUCAUAACAUGUUGGCCUACAUAAGUGCAUAGGCUGUACAUAGAUAUGCCUCAGCAAUAUGUUUUGUUUACCAAAGUCCCCACACUAACUAUAUUUGCUUUGUUAGUUUUAAAGAUAUGCAGCUUUUUGACUUUAUCUUUUAUAAAAACAAAAGUAUAUAUUUUCUUGCUAGAGAAAACAAAUUGAGUCAUAAAAGAUGCGCUUGUCAAAAAAUAUAAACCCUCUUAAAUACAGUCACUGCUUUCUCGCAGCGUGCCCUUCUUUAAUAGAGUUACAAGUCCAGAAAUUACAGUCAUGUUUGUAAAUGUUCUGUUUUUGUACUUUUUUUCAUAUAAUUUCUGUAAAAGUUGUACAUUUCCUGUAACAUAGCCAGUCACUUGUUUAUGGACUAAGCACUUUUUUGAAUUUCACCUGCAUUUACACUUAUGUAGCAUCAGUGUCCUUGGAAACUUUGGAGAAUCUAACUGUGAAAAGAAACACUUUAUAUUAAUUUAAUUAGUCUUUUUUUAAUCACUGAAAUGUAUUACAUCUGUGAACUUCCUGUACAUUUUUCUGAAUAUGGAAAGCAAACACCUAAUCAUUUUGUUGCUGUGUAAGAGAGCCAUAUGAAUUAGGAGUUAUGCCGUGGGCCCAAAUGCAAUGUGUUACAUUUUUUAUUUUCAACCAUGUCCAUAUGUUUUUGUUGUGAAAACUUGUCUUGUUUCAAUAACAUAACGGCACAAGUUUGCUCUGCUUGUGUUUAUUAGCUGAUUUAAUGAUCUGAUUUGACUUUUAUCUGAUUUUAAAAAUACACUCACACUGACCACAUACUUUGUAAGUCAUUUGCAAUGAAAUACGACCUAGAAUAUGGUAAUCUGUUGUAUUAUUUUAUUUCCAAUGUCAGGAAACUCUUGUUAUAUUAUGUCAUUGAAUGAACAUUGAGUAUCAAACAUGCUGAUGUGCACUGUGCCACAGUGAGGCCUAAUAAAUUCCCCUUAAACAAA